AUGGUUGAGACUUCAGAACAACUUGUUGCUAGGUUAAAGAACCUUGAACAAAUGAACCAGGCUAUGGGGUUGUUGCUGCAACAACAAGUGCAAAAUAAUAACACCAACUAUGUUGACAAUGACCCGCAAGCUACCAUGGCUAAGAAGCUAGCCGCACUAAAACCCCCACUAUUCAUGGGGAAGGAAGAUCCAUUGUUGGUUGAGAACUGGGUGCGUGAUUUUGACAAGAUCUUCACCGCUGCUGGUACUCCUGAUGCUCAAAAGGUGGAUCAAACAACUUUCUGCUUACGCGAAAAUGUUGACUUAUGGUGGGAAAGACAAGGUCCUACACUAAGAAAUCAAGAGAACUUUGAGUGGAAUGCCUUCAAGUUGGAAAUUAAGGAACGUUUCUUUCCUGAACACAUAAGGAGAAUGAAAUACAAUGAGUUCAGUAGGUUCAACCAAACAAGUGGCAUGAGCGUGCAAGAAUAUGCUGACAAGUUUAAUGAAUAUGCUAGAUUUUGUCGCAAUGUGGUGCCUGAUGAGACAGCUAAGGCCUCAAAAUUUGAAGAUGGGUUGAUUUUCAGGAUCCAGAAAAAAGUGAUAGCAGCUGGCUCAGUUGCAACAUUCCAGGAAGCAUAUGAUAGGACUUGCAACACUGAAAGGGUCCUGAAACGUGAAGAGGAGGUAAAGAAUAAGCACAAGAAGAGGGGCAAUGCUGAAACCUCCAAUCAGUAG